CUCCCGCAAACUCAGAAAAGUGGCUGAUGAUAGCUGGUUUCACCUGCAUCUCAGCACGAGGCGUGUUCUGCGACAGUUCGGCCGCAUCCUGACCAUGUUCUAUGUCUUCCCCGCGCCCCCCGAUACCAGCUGCAGGUUCUCAGCUUGAUAGAUUCUGCCUUGUAUCGGUAUCUUAAUGGAGAUAACUUCGUCGCAAUGAAGUUGUCUAGUUCCCUGGCGAUAUUUUGGCUCGUUGCUCCUACCGUCCUUGCCCAAAAUGCGUCGCUCAUUGCACAAGAGAUUUCGCAGAUUUCGCCAUGUGGGAUAACCUGCUUGCAAAUGACGAUACCCUCGGUUGGGUGCUCCUUAGCAAACACCACUUGCCAAUGUUCCAGUACUCGACUCGUACAAACAACAUCUGCUUGCAUGCUGGCUAAUUGCACCUUGGCUGAGACCCUGUCCCUUAGCAAAAUCCAGGCUGUGAUCUGCCAAAGGCCUUAUGAAUCACAAAACAGAAAGAUCAGGAUCAUGACCAUAGUUACCACUGUAGUUACGAACACAGCAGCGCUACUACGAUUUGUUACCAGGAUUUCUCUCCACCAGACAAUGGGUUUAGAUGACUUGUUCAUUGCAGGGGCUGUUAUUUCAGAAGCUCUAUUCACUUACUUCGGUGUACAACUUGAGAAUGCCGGCUUUGGCAAUCAUGUAUGGGAUAUCGAAAUUGGCUCUAUUCCUCAGCUUUUGUACUGGUUCUAUAUCGGCGAGCUAUUAUACGUCAUAACUAUCGGCCUGAUCAAAGUGUCGUUGCUAUUUUUCUAUCUCCGCGUCUUUCCCAAGAAAUCCUUCCGCAUCGCUUGCUGGGUGACAAUGGCAUUUUGUGCGGCUAGUGGAAUAGCAUUUGCUCUUGUCACGGUUUUCCAAUGCCAUCCUAUUAUUUACAUUUGGAGAAAAGACUUGAAAGGCAGAUGCGUCAAUUACAACUCGGUGGCUUGGGCCAAUGCUAUAAUCAACAUUCUUCAAGAUAUCAUAAUUAUUCUUCUCCCUAUGAACGAACUCCGACAUCUUCAGCUCAAUGGGAGAAAGAAGAUAGGAAUGUAUGCCAUGUUCGGAGUUGGGAGCUUUGUCUGUAUUACUUCGAUGAUCCGCCUUGACAGCCUUAAAACAUUCGGGCUAACUGCCGAUCCGACAUGGGACAAUAUCCCGACUACAUUUUGGUCGACGUUAGAAACGAGCACUGCCAUCUUCUGCGCUUGCAUGCCCGCAAUUCGCGCUGGCAUUAUCCGUUUUUCCCCAAAUAUACUCGGCCCACCAACACAUUCCGACAGCAUAUCUCCAAAUCAACCUUCAAAGUCGUUUGAUGACGAACCCAUCCCAUCUCGAAUUGUUGAGGGGAAGCACGAAGGGAACCCAGUUUCUCUGCUGCCGACUACUAUUGGCACCAAAACGCACCAAUUUUCCAGAACCGCUACAUCUGAGACGACUGAGGUUGAGAUUAAGGACAGCGAGACCAAACACGAUAUAGGAUCCAUCAGGCACAUAAUUUCACUCACAGAAUAUCUACGACGCACAGAACGAGACAAGCCGCUACCUCUGCUGCCAAUACCGGAUACUGACCAGUCACCGAAGUCACCGAAACCGAGUGCAGAGAGGGGGGAGAUAAGAGAAGUGGAAGAUUCAACUGAAAACAACUCGAGUACUCAUCAUCAUUCCAAAGGGUUUGUUUGAGAUUAGCACACGACUGUAACCAUGAUAUGGUUCGAGAGGAACCCCUUUUACGAGAUGCUUCUCGGUCCAACUGGACCUUUUAGAAUGCUCUCGCGCCUGUAGGCAGCGACCUUGGGCGGAAGCAGGAAGUUCAUUUCAC